AUGACGCUCGAAGCGACGAUGCUCGUGGUAGACAACUCCGAGUGGGCGCAGAAUGGCGACUACACGCCUUCCCGCUACGACGCACAGCGCGACGCCGUUCACAUGCUCUUCCAGGCCAAAACCAAUGCCAACCCAGAAUCAGCCGUCGCGCUCAUGACCAUGGGUGGGCAGGGCCCUGAUGUACUCGUGACCUUGACGGAUGACUUUGGCAAGAUGCUCUCGGCACUUCACUCGACCAAGAUUCACGGCUCAUCGCACUUCACGACGGCACUGCAGGUCGGACAACUCGCCCUCAAGCACAGACAAAACAAGAACCAGCGCCAGCGCAUCAUUGUCUUUGUCUGUUCACCGAUCCAAGAGGAUCAAGCGGCACUCGUCAAGCUGGCCAAGAAGAUGAAGAAGAACAGUAUCGCUGUGGACUGCAUCAAUUUUGGUGAAGAUGUAGAGAAUCAGCCAAAACUCGAGGCUUUCAUCUCUGCUAUUAGCUCCUCUGACAACUCACAUCUCGUCACGAUACCAGCUGGAGUCUCCUUGCUAUCGGAUGGGAUUGCACGUUCGGCGAUUGUAGGCGGCGACGGAGGAGCAGGCGACGAGGAAGGCGGCGGUGGUGGCGGCAACGACUUUGAAUUUGGCGUUGACCCGGCCAUGGAUCCUGAGCUGGCCAUGGCAUUGCGCAUGUCGCUAGAAGAUGAACAGGCGAGACUCAGGGCA